CUGGAUUCAAGCGCUGAGGCGCCAAGUCUUCGUUUACCUUGUGAUCCUCUCACGCGUCCUUGCGUGCGCCCGUGCUCGACUCUUUCCUUCGCCACCCCCGAAUUCAGUAAGCUCGAGCGUGCCGCUGUCCCCGCGGGCCCAGAGAUCGGAGAUCGGCGAGGGUUCUCUGGAGACCACGCCUCUGCUAGGCCCUGCUCCGGGCGCCGGAGUCCACCCACCACGCCCAAGAGAGCCCAGGCGCACGUCGGCCCCACUGCGCCCAAACCAUGCCGGUGUCUGACCAGGCGUUCGUGACGCUGGCCACCAACGACGUCUACUGUCAGGGCGCGCUGGUCCUGGGACAGUCACUGAGGAACCAGCGUGCGACCAGGAAGCUGGUGGUACUCAUCACCCCUCAGGUGUCCAGUCUGCUCAGGGUUAUCCUCUCGAAGGUUUUUGAUGAGGUAAUCGAGGUGAACCUGAUCGACAGUGCAGACUACAUCCACCUGGCCUUUCUGAAGAGGCCAGAGCUUGGGGUCACCCUCACCAAGCUCCACUGUUGGACCCUCACCCAUUACAGCAAGUGUGUCUUCCUGGAUGCAGAUACUCUGGUGCUAUCCAAUAUCGAUGAGCUGUUCGACAGGACAGAGUUUUCUGCAGCCCCCGAUCCCGGCUGGCCGGAUUGCUUCAACAGUGGUGUAUUUGUCUUCCAACCGUCUCUGGAGACCCAUGGCCUCUUGCUGCAGCAUGCCACCGACCACGGCAGCUUUGAUGGGGCAGAUCAAGGCUUAUUGAACAGCUUCUUCAGUAGCUGGUCCACGGCAGACAUCCACAAGCACUUACCGUUCAUCUAUAACUUGAGCAGUAACACGGCAUACACCUACAGCCCCGCGUUCAAACGAUUCGGUUCAAGCGUAAAGGUAGUCCACUUUUUGGGGCCCUCGAAGCCAUGGAACUACAAAUACAACCCCCAGACGGGCUCGGUGUUGGAGGAGGGCACCGGGUUGGCCAACCAGAACCAGACGUCCUUCCUUAACCUCUGGUGGAAAACCUACCAGCACAGCGUCCUGCCUCUUUACAGCAGCUUCCAGAAUGAGGAAGAGCGCGUAUCUCCAGGACACUCCGCUGGCAUCGGAGAGCCGUGUACAAAACCAGCGGUGGGGUCCAGCCAGCCUUGGCCUGCUGAGGACCCUUCAGAGCAGACUGUGGUCACGGAUGACACCCCACCCUCACCCAAGGGAUGCCAUCCGGAAGAUACGAUAGGGUGGCCUGAACUUGAGACAUCCGCUGGAGCGAGGUGUGACCCAUUGUCGCCACCCUCCCCCCAAUGUGCAGACUCCUCAGGGACCCAGACCACCUCGCAGCCCGCGGAUAAAGCAGAAGGUGGCCCAUCUGUGGAAAUCUUGGAACCAAGCCAGGAGCCCCCUGUGGAUGUCACCGGGGACCCCAGUCCUCAGGAUGCUUUGGAGGUUGACCUGGCCAUGUCUGUUUUCGAGAUUUCCAUCGAAGAGAAGGUCAAGGAGCUGAGUCCCGAGGAAGAAAGGAGAAAAUGGGAGGAGGGGCGCAUUGAUUACAUGGGGAAGGAUGCCUUCGCCCGCAUCCAGGAGAAGCUGGACCGGUUUCUGCAGUAACCCGAGGGGUCGCAUUCCGCCGCAUGUGGUUAGGCAGUGUUCUGUUGCAUGGUCCCGUGAAUGCGGACAUCUCCUCCAGGCCCUUGGAAGGGAACAGGUGUUCAACUAUGUGCCUCUAUUUAUGGCUGACCAACUUGAGUGCCUCACAAAAAUAAUGUAGACCAUAAAAAACCCAGCUUAAAGUCCCCCUACCCCCUGUGCCCUACUGAUCCAAGCUACCCAUGCCUUCUCGGCUUCCCUGAGACAUCAGUUCUUCUCAGCAACCGGGAGCAGGGAUAAACUUCUGGUAGACCCUUGCUCAUGUUCUCUGGUCCUGCUCCAAGGAGCUCUGGGUUGCUGCCUUGGGCGGGUGCUACCAUCGCUACCCCACGUAAGGUUAGACGUCACUGCAGAUUCUCUUCUGCCCCUAAGCUAAUGACACCGGUAUAUGUACUCAGGACCUCAGGAAGCCUCGACAAUGGAAAGUCCUUUCCUUGAGGACUAGGUAGGUGUUCAGACAUCUUGAGGGUGAGUCUCAUGUAGGCUUCACGGAGCACAUCUGAGCAGCACUACAGCUCUGGUUUCUCUUCUGCAAAACCCAAUGGGACUGCCAAGUGCCGUUGGCGGAUGCCUGGUUUGGGAAACGCCGGAGGUAAUGCGGAAGGGAGAUUCUAGCUGGCUUGGGAGACGGAGCGUCUUCUGGUUGGGAAGAACCAAGGGUUUACUCCGGGUGGUUCUGAUGACCCCUCACUCACUAACAGCAGAGGCUCUUUCUGUAGAGACAGAUACGUUUGCAGUCCAUCACACUGGACCGCGCUCUGCUGGAUAUCAGUACCUCAGUCCGAAAUAAUGAGUCGAGUCACCGUGUUCUCCAGACCACUUCAACGCAGCUGUUUUGGGGAGAAUUCUCAGUUUUAUGAGACUGGAUGCUUUAUUCUACGAGAAAUCCUCAUCUUCAGAAGUAUCCUGAUUUUGUGAAUUCAUGCAGUGUGUUGGAACGGCGCACAGGGUCACUGCUCAUGGCCACCACCAUUAUUAAAAACGGGCGCCACUGUGCAAGAGAGGGAAAUGUGAUUUCUUACGAGUUAGAAUGCUUUGUUUAUCGUGCACAGCGUGGAACAUCGAAGGGUUUCAUACAGACAGGUUUGGACCACGGCGUGAUGGCUAUGCUGUAACUUGGUGGGCGCGUUUGGCCACAUCUUACAUCAUGUCAAGCAGCUGAGCCCUUGGGUAAGGGAAUCUGUGGAAACGCGUGACGUUAGUUGUGGUGUGAGCUUUUGCAAGAAGUGAGUUACGGAGGGGUUGUUUUCUUUAUGUGUGGGUGGCUCAUGGUCUGCGGUCUUGACUGGGCAUCAUACAUUCGAUGCUUCCAGAGCUGCGUGAAGACAGCCAUAUGGAUAUAGCCUUACAGGGAUUGAGUCGGGAUGGUAAUGAACCAUUAGAGUAACACUGUAAACUUGUUCUGGGGAAAGACCGUGGGUGCUGGGUGCUGUGGUGUUGGGUUAUGAAAAACAGGAGCCUGGGUCUGACAUACUUUAGAAGGAGGAGUCUAGGUGACAAAUAUUUGAGUCUGGUUCAGCUUCUGUGGGGAAGAGAACUCCUGUUUCUGGACAGUGGUUCAGUCGCUUAAAGUGUCUGUUCAGUACAGACUUUUGUUAUGCAUUCUGGUCUAUAUCUUCUGAUUUGAAUGGAUGCUGAUGCACUUUGAUUAAAAUUUUAAAAGAGCGACAUGGUGUCCCUUCUGGU